CCACCGAACCCCAACAUCUUGCGACACACGACAAAGCGCACCCCCACUGCUCGCUUGUCUAUCACGGGACCAUCUCGUCGUGCUGGAAGCAGAACCAUGACAUAAAAAACAUCGCCACCCACUUCCCUCCACUUGCGCGCACACAUCUACAGCUGCUCGCAUGGCCCCGUCCACUGCCCGCCGCAAUGGCUCACCAACACGCGGGAGGUCGACGAGCCCGCGACCCUUUCCCGACUCAGACGAUGAAGAGGGCGGUAUCAUGGACAGCCUGCCUGAUACCCGCCAACUGCAAGCCUUUGGCCGCAAAGUCACGGCGACUGCCGGGAGCCUGAUUGGGACCGAGGGCGUUACUCAGCACUAUCAGAACGCUCUGGGCGAGCUCUCCCGCGAACUUCGACGACCAGGCCUGCAGCGGUCCGUGUUCUCCUUCGCCCAGACCACGCCCCGCGAAAUUGUGCGCUCGCGAAUAUCCAUCCCCGAGAUCCAGCAACGAGCACUCUCCUUCAUUCCAGACGAGCUUCUGCACAACAUUCCCGAGGAAAAGAAUUCCUUUUCGUUGUUUCAGGGCUUCCAGGCCUCGCUGCCUGAGGAACCCAGUACGCACAAGAAGCAUGGAAAGCACAAUUCGAGGGGGCAAAAGCUGAUAGGGAAGGGUGAUGAGGAGGAUGACUCUAACAUGCCGCCAUCGAUGAAGAAGCUGAAAACCCAGAAGCAUAGCAUGGACCACCGCCUGGAGAUGAUGGGCGUGCGGAAACACAUGUGUGUGGCUGAGAUACAUGAAAUCGACAACAAGAUUGCCAAUUUGAACACGCUGCGCAAGAUGGUCUUGGAUCGCUUGGCAGGGCUGGAAAUUGAAGAGGCGGAGCUUGAGCAGGAUCUGUUGGAGGUGGACAACAAAAUCGAAGACCUGCAGGAAGAGCUGGAAGACGAAGCGGCGUUGGCGCCUAAGUCGGUAGAUUCGCCUACGGAUGCGGAGCGGGAAGAGGGCAGAGACGAUUUUAUGUCCGAGUCCAUCUACCAAAAGUUGCCCUCGCCAAAGACGAAGAAGAACAAGAGACCGUCACGACGUAUAUCCAUGCCCAUUCUUCACGAACAUCUAGAAUCAGGAUCCAAAAUUAGAGAGCUACCUGCGCACAACGACGCCAUCACAGCCUUGGAUUUUGACGCGCCGUGGGGUACAUUGGUUACUGCAGCAUUGGACGACACUGUAAGAGUAUGGGACUUGAAUGCCGGGCGCUGCAUAGGUAUGCUUGAGGGUCAUCUGUCCUCCGUACGCUGUUUGCAAGUGGAGGACAACAUUGUGGCGACCGGGUCGGUGGAUGCCUCGAUUCGUCUGUGGGAUUUGAGCAAGGCCGAGUACGCACCUACGGAUAACCGGAUAAACAAGAUUGACGAAGAAGACGAGGAUGACGAUGGUCUGGCUUUUGAGAACUCGGCAGAUGCACCACCUGCGCCGCCACCGACCAUCAUGCAAGAUUGCCCAAUGUUCUCCCUCGAGUCGCACGUCGAUGAAGUUACGGCGCUACACUUCCGAGGCGACACACUGGUUUCUGGUUCUGCGGACAAGACAUUAAGGCAAUGGGACUUGGUCAAAGGGCGAUGCGUGCAGACUCUAGACGUUAUGUGGGCUGCAGCACAGGCAUCUGCUACAACGUCAAAUAGCGGCCAAUGGAGGCAGACUGGACGUGCCAUGGACGUUUCUGCCGACUUUGUAGGAGCUAUCCAAGUGUUCGAUGCUGCGCUUGCAUGCGGAACCGCAGAUGGAAUGGUACGACUCUGGGAUCUGCGAAGCGGGCAGGUGCAUCGCAGUUUGGUCGGACACACAGGUCCUGUCACCGCUCUGCAGUUUGAUGAUGUGCAUCUUGUGACUGGCAGUGCGGACAGGAGUAUACGGAUUUGGGAUCUCCGCACAGGUUCCAUCCACGACGCCUAUGCCUACGAUCAUCCCAUUACCAGCAUGAUGUUCGACGCUCGCCGCAUCGUGUCAGCGGCAGGCGAGGAUGUAGUCAAGGUAUACGAUAAAACAGAUAGCCGACACUGGAGUUGUGGGCCUGGUGCAGACGAAGAAGCAAGCUCAGGACACUCCAUCAUUGAGCACGUACGCAUCAAAGACGGCUACUUGGUUGAGGGUCGUAGGGACGGCACUGUAGGUGUUUGGUCGUGUUGAGGUGGUCGAGUUUGUACAUAUUGUAUGCAUGAAUCUUGGACAUGACAUGUAUUUGACGCUUGUAUGCAUAUGGCGAC